CACACACACACCCACGCACAUACAGGCGCGGUCACACACUCAGAGGCGCGCUCACAAGCGGAGCGGAUAAUCGCACACCUUGCAUUCCACUCCCUGCGCCCGCGCGAGCCACAGAGCAGUUACCUGGUUACGAGUGAAGGAUGGUAGUAAUACUGAGUCAUUUGGCAUCCCUAGUACCUGCGGAGUUAGGAGCGCACAACCUUUCCUUUCGUGUCACAUUUUAAGGAACAGUACUUUUAAGUGGAAUACAUUAUUAUUAUUAUUAUUAUUAUUAUUAUACAACUAUUUUGAUAUAGUUGAUUUUCAUGCAUUUAUACCUGGACUCUUCGGGAGGAAAAACCGAAAAAUUCCGAUAAAGGACUAAUGGGUCAUCAUUGACAAAGAUCCAAUGCUUCUCCCCACUACCUCCAUGGAGCUUCCCCCAAGAUCAGAUGUGAACCCAACUCUUCUAGACUUAUGGGGGAACAGUACCACCUUUCCCCACUAUACCAGCCUCUCCCAGUCUCCAACCUUCCUAAAUGACACUUUCCUGAAUGCCACCAGUGUGGGCGGUGGUUUUGGCCCUAGCGUGGCAGGCAUACUCAUCCCUCUUAUCUACAUUACAGUCUGCAUCAUUGGCCUUGGCGGAAACACCUUGGUCAUCCACAUUGUCCUGCAUUAUUCGAAGACCGAGUCCGUCACCAAUAUCUAUAUCCUGAAUCUCGCCAUCGCCGAUGAGCUCUUCAUGCUGGGCCUGCCCUUCUUGGCCGUCCAGAACGCUCUUCUCACCUGGCCCUUUGGCUCGUUCAUGUGCCGCCUGGUGAUGACCGUGGAUGGAAUCAACCAGUUCACCAGCAUCUUCUGCCUGACAAUGAUGAGUAUCGACCGCUACCUGGCAGUGGUGCACCCCAUCCGCUCGUCCAAAUGGCGCAAGCCCCAAGCAGCUAAGGCCGUGAACCUGACGAUAUGGGUGGUAUCCUUCAUCGUGGUGCUGCCUGUGGUAAUCUUUGCCGAUGUUCUCAAGGACACGGGGACUUGCAACAUCAUUUGGCCCGAGCCCGCGGACAUCUGGAAGACGACAUUCAUCAUCUACACGUCCACUGUCGGCUUCUUCGGCCCGCUUCUGGUGAUUUCUCUCUGCUAUUUGUUUAUUGUGGUCAAGGUCCGCAGUGCAGGAAAGAAGGUCCGUGCCACUUCGAGCAAACGCAAAAAAUCUGAACGCAAGGUCACCCGAAUGGUUAUCAUUGUGGUUGCAGUGUUUGUGUUUUGUUGGUUGCCAUUCUACGCCCUUAACAUCAUAAACCUGGUACUGAUACUACCAGGGGAAUUCAGAGGAUUGUACUACUUUGUGGUAGUGCUGUCCUACGCUAAUAGCUGUGCCAAUCCCAUACUAUACGGCUUCCUCUCAGACAACUUCAAGCGGGGCUUUCGAAAAGCGCUGUGCCGCUCCUCACGUAAGGUGGAUUGCCGGGAGGAGCUGGGAACAGAUCAGUCGCAGCAUCCCGGGGAAAGGAGGAGGGCCUUGGAGCGGAGGGACAGCCUGAGAGAAACCACAGCCGUGGACGAGGACGACAGAGAGGAAGCGACCGAGAUGACUGAGAUCUGCAGGAUCACACAGAACGGGAACGGAAGCACACAGCCAGAAAGUGCCAGGAACCCGUUUCUACAGCGGGGUAAAAUGGCAGGGCUGCUCCCCUCAGAGCAAAGGAUUAACGAGAGGGAGGCCGUGGAUAAAGAGCCCGGCUCUGGGGGUGUCAGCACAAUCCCGUUAAUGCUCAACGGAACCAAGAACGGUAAUUUCAAACCCCUGCCUGAGGAACCAAUUGAGAAAAACACAAUGCUGGAGAUCAGUUAUCUGUAAUGUGAAAGGAGCUGUUCCUCAACCCACACCAGUAUGAUAUCAUAUAGAAUCAUCUUCCAAGUAAUGUCUUGGAUGGAUAAUUUACCCUGUGCUGGAAAAUGACAAAUCAAUUCAGCAAUCUAGUCACAGCUGUCAGCUCGCCAUAUUCAACAUGUAAUCAUGGACAAAUGCUCACAUUACUCGGUAAUUAUUCAGGAUUUAUCAAUAAGUCUAUGGACAGGUAUGACGUGUUACUUCUUUUAAAUGUAUUGUCUAUGCUGUUUUUUGCUGUGAAGAACAAGUUAUUUAUUCAUAAUGCUAACAUGUAGGAUACUUUCGUUCUUUUAGCUUCUUGUCUGUGUUGUGGCAUAUCAAACGAAAUGGAAAACACUGGAUCUUCACAUACAGAACAUUUUUUGACUUUGACACUGUCUAUUUACUCCGGAACUGGAAUUCGACCAGUUGUACUGGAGAAGAUCGCAGCUUGUAUAGUUAGCACCCAGACAUUUUUAAUAACAUGUCAUCUUUACAGCUCCUGAUUUGAAGUGUACUGACCGGACACUUAUGCCAAAAAGGGCAGCUAUGUGUGAUGGGCUUGUUUUUUUUAUCUUUUAUAAAUAGGUAUUGUGCAUUUAAUAUUUCAACUGUAGUUUGCCUCUUGAUUUCAAUGCAAAGGUAUCACAACAAACAUUUGACGUGAGUUUAGUUUUGCAUGUUGACUGGAAAGACUCAGUUGACAUUUUGGCUUUUUAUGGGAAUUUAUGUAAUUGUUCUAAUGACUAAAUAAAUAAAAAAAACAAGUUAAA